AUGGCCAAGGCCAUCAUCUUGUCGAUCCUGGAGGCGCAGCUGGGCAAGUAUGUGGCCGGCCUGCGCAGCGACUCGCUGGUCGUGGGGCUGUGGAGUGGCGAGCUGGAGCUGCGCGACCUGUCACUAAAGCCGCAUUCGCUGGCCGAGCUGCAGCUGCCCGUAGCCGUGACCAGCGGCAGCGUGGGCCGCGUGCUGGUGCGCCUGCCCUGGAACCAGUUGGGCAGCGCCAGCAUGGCCAUCACUCUCGAGGGCGUGUUGGCGCUCGUGGUGCCC